UUUAAAGAAAUAUGAUUCCUUCUUUUACGAAGAUUCCAACCAUCCAGAAAGUUUGUCAGGCAGUCUACAAGGAAGUCUCUCCGCAAGUAUUCCCAACAGUAUACCUGGAAGCAUACCUGCCAGCAUUUCUGCGGCUAUACCCGGUACCAUAUCAACUGGCAUACCUACGAACAUUCCUACUACGAUGGAGUUUGCACAAACUUUCCAACAACCGACUCAAAUUCGUCCUUUACAAACAAGUGUCACACCUUAUUCCGGGAUGCAGUUGCAGCUGGGUGGAUUCGGUGGAAUAGAUUAUGGUCUUCGCUCGAGUAGUCCUGAGGCAAGACCAAUGGAGCUUGGCAUUGCAAAAGUGGGUUUGGCUGUGCGAGAAUUUCCGAGGCCGCAGAAUCCCACAUUCGCAAAGGUGAAUCCACAGUGUGUAAUCGCUUGUAAACAAUACGUAGCAAUCAAUCUUAAAAGAGCACAUUUGUCGAGGCUUUGUCACGAUAGAUUUUCUAGACAUUUUCGAACUAAACGACUGAUAUAUCAACGAGAAUUUCAUCGAGAUUUAUUUACGAGAGUUUAUCAAUUUUUGGCUAUCAUUAGAUAUUUACAGGAUAAUAAUAAUAAUAAUAAUAAUAAUAAUAAUAAUAAUAAUAAUUCUGUACGAUUAGAUAAUAUUAACGAAAAUUCUUUUUCUUUUUCUCUCGUGUUAUUUUUAUCUUUUUAUACUAACCGAGAUCAAAAACGUGUUCUAUACAAAUUUAAUCUUUUCUCUCUCUUUUUCUUUUUUUUCUUUCAAGUGACAUUGAAGAAGAAAUUCAUUGAAUGUACCCGCAUAAAUUGCAAACCAGUAUCUUGUAGUUACGUGGCGUAUCGUACAGAGAUUUUUUGUACUUUUUUCGUGAGGAUUUUUUAA